UGAAAUUCGAACUCAUUGCAUUUUGGAAUCACACCCAAUUUCAAUAAUUUGUUCUGGAGGAAAAGAAAAACCAAAAUCAUUUUGGAAUGUAAUUGAAAUUGAGCUCCAUUUUCACUUCCGAAGAACCAGAAAUCGUUUCGCCCAUUUCUGGUAAUCGAAUAUGAGCAGGAAGAAGGUGCUGGUAGUGGGCGGCACAGGUUACUUAGGUCAGCAUCUUCUAUCAGGAUUUUCCGGGAUCGAAGGAGCUCCAUACGAUAUCGCAUUCACUUACCACUCCUUUCCGCCGGAAGAUUUGUUGCGAGCUCUUCCUAAUCUGCUCGCAUUUCACGUCGAUUUAAAAUCCGGUCAAGGAUUCGAUGCCAUUGCUGAGAAAUUUGGCCAGCCCGAUGUUGUUGUUAAUUGUGCUGCUAUCUCUGUACCUCGUGCCUGCGAAACAGACCCUGCUUCUGCAUUGUCGAUCAACGUGCCUACUGCCCUUGGAAAUUGGAUGUUGAGCUUUGAAGAGAGGAAUACUCUUCUAGUUCAUCUAUCAACUGAUCAAGUUUAUGAAGGCGUGAGAUCAUUCUACAAGGAAGAAGAUGAAACCAUUCCUGUGAAUGUUUAUGGGAAGUCAAAGCUAGCAGCUGAACAGUAUGUUUCUGAGAAAUUUCCUAACUUUGCAAUCUUGAGAUCUAGCAUCAUUUUUGGUCCCCAGACCAUCUCACCUGUUCCUAAAUCUCUUCCAAUUCAGUGGAUUGAUGCUGUUUUAACCAAAGGAAGCGAAGUUGACUUCUUUCACGAUGAGUUUCGAUGUCCCGUGUAUGUCAAGGACGUUGUAGCUGUCAUUAUAAAAUUGAUUAAGACAUGGAUAUCAGAGAGCAAGCAAAUGCAGUUGCUGUUAAAUGUUGGAGGACCGAAUCGUGUAUCACGUGUCGAAAUGGCCGAGACUGUUGCAGAAAUUAGAGGGCACAACAAAUCAUUGAUAAAAAGAGUGUCUGCAUCCUCGAUUGAUCGAGGGGUAAAAUCCCCUGCUGACAUUUCAAUGAACAUCAGUAAACUGGUUCAGAAACUUGCCAUUUCUCCCGUUUCAUUCACUCAUGGUGUCAGAUUGACACUUGCAGCCGAGACUAAACACUGAUUUGCGAUGGACAUUCAAUAUACUAUACAAUACAAUGCAACUUCUGCUGCUUUCGUUUGAAGACUCAAUGGCACAUGCUUGGUUACCAAAGUCCAAGGUCUAUAAAUUGCCUCAAACUUCUUCAAAUUAAUUUCACUGAAGAAGUUGAAGAAUGAAAUGAUGUUCUCUGUGGGACGAGUUAGAUGAAUUUUAGGAAGGUAAGUAAUGUAUUGACCAGUUUGAGAUGUUCGUUGCUGUUGGGUUAAGUUGGACACUUCCGUUCAUUGCAUCUUUUUAACUUUUUUUCAGUAAUUAAAAAGGUUCAAGAAUCUGUUCCCUGCACUAUUAUCGUCGUAGUCUGGGAUGUUCAUCGAUAAGUAGCAUGUUAUAGUCUAUGGAGGCAACUUAGAGCUCGAUUGGUAA